UGCUCCAAGCAUAUUAUUCAGCAUUUAUUCCAGGAUGAAUUUUAAUAAACAGCUUCUUGUUGUUUCAACAAUUGCCAUCUGCGUGUCAGCCUCACAUUUUCUUACUCAAGAGUGGAAGACAUGGAAAUCUAAAUAUGGUAAAACAUAUGUAAGCUUGGAUGAUGAGCUGUUUAGGAGGAAGGCUUGGGAAGCCACUUGGGACAAGGUGCAGAAACACAACCAGCUGGCUGACCAAGGUCUCAAAAAGUACCGACUGGCCAUGAAUCACUUUGCUGAUAUGACCUCAGAAGAAAGGAAACGCAAAAGCUGUGCAAGUCCAGUAGAAAAAUCCUUCACAGCAGUAAAUGCUCCAGUGCACAGUUACAGUACAAAUUCUCAUCUCCGUGCUGAGGUUGACUGGAGAAAGUCAAGCUGUCUGAGUCAAGUAAAAAACCAAGGAGUUUAUUGUGGAUCAUGCUGGGCUUUUGCAACGGUGGGAGUGCUUGAAUCUCGUUAUUGCAUUAAGAAGGGUAAACUUCUUGGCAUGAGUGAACAGCAGCUUAUAGACUGUGAUGGCAAAAGUGAUGGUUGCUGUGGAGGGUUACCUGUAAAUGCGCUAGAGUAUGUAUCCCAUAAAGGUAUCAUGAGGGGCAAGAAUUAUAAGUACACUGAAAAGAAAUCAGCUUGUCUGUAUAACGAUAAUCAAGCAUUAAAACUGAAUGUGACCAAAUACUAUGUUCUCCCUGGAGAAAAAAAUAUGGCAAUAUCUCUGUCAACUGAAGGACCCGUUACUGCCUUAUUUGCUGUUCAUGAAGACUUUAUGUUAUACAGUGAUGGAAUUUAUGAUGGCAAGUGUGCUGAAGAAGUAAACCAUGCAAUAAUUAUUGUUGGUUAUGGAACUGAGGAAGGGGAAGAUGAGGCUAAAAAUGAAGAAUAUUGGAUAAUAAGGAAUAGCUGGGGAAAGGAAUGGGGAGAAGGAGGUUAUGGAAGAGUUAAGCGUAAUGCUCAGCAGUGUAAAAUUGAUGAGACGGCAGCAACUGCAGAUAUAACUGUAUAGUUACCCAGAUUAAUAGCAUAUCUAUAAUUGUAAAUUCAAUUCAACUUUUUAUAUAUGUUCUUACAAUCAUUCCUACCUUUAUUUUAUUAUAAUCUUUUUGCAAUGUUCCAAAAUUUCUAAUUUUUCAAUAAAUGGAAGAUAUCAUGGAUUUUCUUACAUUUUCUAUGUAAUGGGUUUUUUUCUGUGCAUAAAUACUGCCAAACCUUAAUAAAGACAAGUACAAAAUCGUA